GUUAUGACUAUAGCCAAGGAAUUAUACUAUCGGAAUUCCCCAUGAGUGGUGGUUGAGGACCAUUGUUUGCCAGUGACACCAGUUCCACAUUGCCGAUCUUCAAAACAAGUUGCCUGGGUUAGGAUCUGCCUGGAUACUCCAAAAUGGCCAAUGCAAGUACGCCUUUGGGUAGUGAGAGAUCGAGUUGUGACUACCAAUUCUUAGUCGAGAUAGAUGGAGAAACCUUCUCGAUCAAGGAAGCCCCUGCAGCCGAAAGCAGUUUCGUUGAGAAGGAGCAAGCUGAAUACAUAGCGGAUAUGGAUAUCGAAAAUCCCACCUUUGAAGGGACUGAUCUCAAUUUUCUUAUUCAGUUUGUCCGUUUUGCCGUUGCUGGAGACAGGGAGUUAGAGACGCCAGUUGCAAAACAGCUGCCCCGCCUGGUAAAUGUGAUUCUGGACUCUAAUGAUGCUGUGAAGAAAGUCUGCAGUAAACUUGACCGUGUUGUCAACCUGCUUGUGCGCGGGAUGAACUUUCUUCUUGAUGGAGCCGACGAUGUUGCUGUACACACCUUCAAACGCUUCCAUGAAGAAAUACAGCAGAUAAAAACUGUAUGUUGUGAACAAAACGACCUUCUGGAAGAAGGUUUGAAUGAGGUUGGAGACAUCCAUCGUCUUUUACUUGAAGUAAAGGGCAAACGACCUGAUGCAGUUCUGGAACAUGCAGUGAUCGGUCUACAACGUUUGCAACAGUAUCAAUUCGGUUUUUUCCGCUUUUGGAAAAAUCUACCAGAUGCCAUUGAAUCUGCUGCAGAAAACUCCGAACGUUGGACGAUGCCCAUGAAGUUCCAAGCAGAAAAAAGGAUGAAGGUGGUGUGCUCAAAGCCUUACAAAGUCCAGGUUGUGCGCUUUUAUGCCAAAUGGGUUGCCCUAGAGAAAACGUGUGAGUCACUUCAUCGAAAGUUGAAGUUAAUCGAGGAGGGCUUACCGGCAAGUCUUACAGAUACCCUCACUGUCCACGAUGCCAGAGAAAGGGCUGCAAGUAUGGGUGAAGAAUUGAAGAGAGGCCAAGAGCUGUUACAUAGAAUGAGAGAAAAUGAGGGGUUGUAAUGUAUCAUCAUACGCUGGUACUGAACAGCCGAUUAAUUAUGUGUCAAAGGCUAAACAUUCAGGGUUCAUUCGCCCAUAGAAAUAAUUGAACUCUGCUGGUAAAUUGAACUUAGUAAGUAGGUGGAUUAAAUGUUAGGUAUGAUACUGAUAUCAGAUAAUGUCGACAAGGGUGCUAGUGGCACGAUCGAGGUUAAAUGGCAUAAAAUUUCUAUUUGGCCAAUUUGUUUCUUCCCAAUCCCCCAACCAAGACACCGACCAUAGAAUUCCACCAUCCUUUCCAGUAUUAUUGGAACGAUUAAUUAUGCAUGAACUGUCAGUUCCUAGUGGACCCCCUGUCUCGCCCACGAGCCUUGCCUCCACAUGGAAAUGACAGGCUAUCAGCAUUCCAUUCUGGCAGUGUCUUCCGAGUCAAAAAGGCGCUGAUAGCAUUCUGCACCAAAAGAAACAUUUCAUCGUAUGGCCCAUAGGAUACUUACCGUGCACAGAUGGUGCACGCGUUACGUGUAGACAUCUGCACGCAUAAAAUACACAAAUUUAAGUACAUGUAUGCCAAUAUUGUAAUCUGGAUUGUAGGCAACAGACACUGAUGCAUAUUACCUCCAUCAGACUAAUAACUUUUACCUACAUCGAUUUUAUAUGAUUUGCAAACAACCUGAAGAAAGCUGAAACCACCUGAAGAAACCAACAUAGUUCAAACAAUUAUUACUGAGCAAGACUAGCCGGAUGUCCAUGUUUUGAUAUUGCUCUGCUUACAGACAAGGUGAUAGCGCUAAAAGUUCAGUAUGAUAGCCCCUGGUAUCACAACUGACUGAUAGAAAGCCAUAUACAUUCAGUCUGCCUAUUUGUAAGGUUUCAUCUCUGGUGUAGUGUAAACAACAAGUUAAGUAUCCCAAGUUACUGAAUUCUGGUAAGAUCUGGGGAAAAACUCGACUAGAGCAAGCUGGAGUUGGGUCAAUGAAGUUCCCAGGACCUUAAAUACACCCUGGGGAAUCAGUUCCCAGCUGACUGAGAACAUUAAUUUAUUACUGUGUAUUCAAGUCGGGCAUUCAAACCUUCUGAGCAAUCUGCCCUGGACAAGGCCUGGGGAAAUGUGUGCAUCACAAAAUAACAACCAGAAUGUGCUCUCAUUGGGAAAAUAACUCAAAUAGCCAGUAUCCAUCUGCAAACUUGGACAAUAAGACAUCCUUUUGUGCCCUAAAUUUUGAAGUGAAUGAAACCACCAUCUGAGGUUACUCUGUAUCGUACAUGAAUGUUAUUUUAAUUAUGUUUUUUCACUCUAAUUCUGCUGUUUUACUGUAAAAAAAUUAAUGUAAAUAGAACACAAACGACUCGAGGGGUUACAGUAUCGGUCUCCUAUCUGUCUACACUCUUGUUGAAAAAAAGGGUGUUUGAGCAUUUAAAAAACCUUUACCGGUUUUUCCGCCAACACAAAUAAGCACCCAAAAGAGAUUUUCCAGGGAAAUGAAAACUUGUUGAAGUUUUUCACGAACUCCAAAACCUGUACAGUCAGCUCCUGUGAACUCAAACAUUGUCAAAAAGAAAAGUUACUGGCGAAUACUAGUAUAUAGAUGUGUAUUGACUGAAACGUGUGUACACAUAUGUGACAUUUGCUAUCAAGAUAGUUUUUAUGGCAAUAUCAUUUGCUCCCUGGGCUUGUAUCGCAUGUGCAAACAUCAGCAGAGUGGAUGGACUGAAUUAUUGACUGAAUAUUGGUGAGCCUGAUAUUCUUUACAUGUGAGGAGACGCAUGGAUAUGGUACCCGGUGAUACGCGAGGUAUGGCAUAGUAGGUGAAUGCGAACUCUAUAUGAAGACAUAUUCCUAUAUAGAGGCUUCCUUAAAACAUAUGGUGGUCAUCUUGACCACCAAGGUUUUUGCAUCUUAUCAAGAUUAAAAACCCCAGCUAUGUUUAAAGGGAGUUUAAGGCCAUGAGGUUCAGGAUGUGGUCACCUUUGACAUGGAAAAGUAGUGGUCAUCAGGUCAAGGUCAAAGUUUAGGUCAAGGUCAACACAUUUCUUUGACAAGAUAACAUUUUGUGACGAUUUAGCAGGACAUUACCCACAGAGGAUUUUAUGUACUUGGCCUACUUUUACCUGAUAAGUAGGUCACAGUGAUGAACCUGUGGAUGAACUUGGAGCAGACACACAUCCUUAAUAGGUCUCUUCCACAACAUACCCUUUACAUGAAACCAUCUGACAUAAGCCAGAGGCUAUUUUCGUCGAAACAACCUUAUCUUGCGAUAAUUGGGUUCUCCACAUAAUUCACCUGGGAACAGGGAUAUUUUGCCAGCUUUAUGGCGAAAUGACCGACAAAACAAUUGGAAAAACGCCAAAUGAUCUUGAGGAUAGUAAGAAAGAGGUAAUGAUCUGCCAGAGUCGAGAGAUGUUUUGCUGGGCCAAAAAAAUAUAUAAAUUGCACUUCAGCCGCCUUCAGACUUGGCAAAUAAUGAAUAGCAAUUAUAGAAGGCGCUGAAUAUCUCGCACCUUUUGUCGAUUUCUUCUGACAAUGAAGAAGAGCAUGCAGCAUGGCUUGUUGAUUUUAACCAGAAUAGAGUUGAAUACUAAUAGGUACCAUAAACUUGGUAAACUGUUAAAUUUGUGCACAUUUGAAUUUUUGUAUUUCAGAAAUAUUUCAGAAAAAUAAAAUUUUACUAGCAAGCUUGA